UGCGCCACGGCUGGUGUUCGCUGCUUGGCGCGCUCGGCCGCUUCGGCUGUGCUCAGCUGUUUGGCCGUCUCCUCUUCCGAGGGGCGGGUGUCCUGUCGCGGUCUCUAACCCUGUCAGGUAGCUCGGCCGCAGCCUCCGGACGUCCGUACCAGCUCCGCGCCUGGGCGGCGCCGCGCCCUUCGGCUCGUGGAUGGGGCGUUUCGGCCUCGCUCCCGGGUGCCCUGCUGCCCCGCGGACGCUCCAUUUGGUCGGGGAGCGAUGCUCUGAGGUUCGGCACGUUCUGGUUGGAGCUCCGAGUCUCCGGAGAAGCAGUGUUAUGACAACCACGACCGCCGGGAAGUUUUAAGUUACUCUUUGUAACCCAGUAGCAUUGCAGACCAAUCCAGUGUUUAUAAAAUAGGUAUAGCUGUGGACCAACUGUCUACGAUCAUGCACACCUGGGUCAUGCUUGCUCCUAUGUUAGAUUUGAUAUAAUUCGAAGGAUCCUGACCCGGGUUUUUGGGUGCAACAUCAUCAUGGUGAUGGGAAUUACGGACGUGGAUGAUAAAAUAAUCAAAAGAGCCAACGAGAUGAACGUGUCUCCCGCUUCCCUGGCCAAUCUAUAUGAAGAAGACUUUAAACAAGACAUGGCAGCCUUGAAGGUUCUCCCACCCACCGUGUACCUGAGGGUGACUGAAAACAUUCCUCAGAUAAUUGCUUUUAUCGAGAGAAUAAUUGCUAACGGGCACGCCUACGCCACCCCGAAAGGCAAUGUCUACUUCGACCUGCAGUCAAGAGGAGACAGAUACGGCAAGCUGGUCGGCGUGGCCCCUGCCCCCGUGGGAGAGACAGAUCACUCUGACAAGCGGCAUGCCAGCGACUUUGCCCUGUGGAAGGCGGCGAAGCCCCGGGAGCCGUCCUGGGCCUCGCCCUGGGGAGACGGGAGGCCUGGCUGGCAUAUCGAGUGUUCCACCAUCGCCAGUUUGGUGUUUGGAAGUCGGCUGGACAUCCACUCGGGUGGCAUAGAUUUAGCGUUUCCUCACCACGAGAACGAAAUCGCACAGUGCGAGGUCUUUCACCAGUGCCAGCAGUGGGGGAAUUAUUUCCUACAUUCUGGGCAUUUGCACGUGAAGGGCAAAGAAGAGAAGAUGUCCAAAUCACUGAAGAACUACAUCACAAUUAAGGACUUCCUCAGCACGGCCUCCCCAGACGUCUUCCGCCUCUUCUGCCUGCGGAGCAGCUACAGGUCAGCCAUGGACUACAGCGACGGCGCCAUGCUCGAGGCCAGGCGUCUGCUCCGUGCCGUGGCCGCCUUUGUGGAGGACGCUCGGGCCUACAUGAGGGGGCAGCUGGCGGGCGGCCCCGUCCAGGAGGACGUGCUGUGGGAGAGGCUGGGCCACACCAAGGGGGCCGUGCAGGCGGCGCUGGCGGACGACUUCAACACGCCGGGGGCGGUGGACGCCGUCAUGGACCUGGCUCACCACGGGAACAGACAGCUGAAGGCGGCUGCCGAGGCGGCCGGUGGUCCCAGGAGCCCUGCUGUGUUCGGUGCCGUCGUGUCCUACGUGGAGCAGUUCUUUGAGACGGUGGGGAUUUCUCUGGCUGAGCGACAGUGUGUUUCAGGGGCCGGCGGCCCGGCCGCCCUGCACAGCGUGGUUGAGGAGCUGGUCCGCUUCCGGCAGAAGGUCCGGCAGUUCGCUCUGGCCGCGAGGGAGGCCCCUGGGGAGGCGCAGCGGCAGCUCCUGGAGAGGCAGCCCCUGCUGGAGGCCUGCGACGCGCUGCGCCGGGACCUGGCCGCCCACGGCGUCAGCAUCAAGGACCGGGGCGGCGUGUCCACGUGGGAGCUGCUGGACCCGAGGACAGAAGACCCCAAACCAGGGAGCUGAGGCCACGGGAUGCGGAGGCCACGGCUCUCGGGCGGUUCUGUGCUGCUUCAAAUCAUGAUAAAAGCUUGAUGUUAAAGUUUCUGUGUGGUUACUCAGUUAACCUUAAACCAAACUGUCACCGCCCCACGGGUGCUCGUAGAUGUGCUGGAGAAUGGGUUUCGACGGCCACAGACGCAGUUCAGUAAAGUCACAUCAGCCCACACCGUGGUCUCUGGCUCCUGAGCCUGGGGCCUGACAUCGUGGGACGGCCCUGAAACUGCGAGACCAGAAUGUCGGCCCUACACGGGGUCCUGGAAGACGUCAUGGGAAGGGCAGGUGGGACCCCUUCCCUGGGGUCACCUGGUCUCAAGCAGGAGAAGCGGCCUGUACCCCACGUGCUGGGCAGUGCUGGACUGGGCGUAGGCAUACGGUUUUACAUUUAUUUUCCUGGUUACAAAGUAACGUGUUAACCACAGAAAGCGCCAACAGAGGAAACCCCUGCAAGCGUCCAGCCCGUUUCCUCUGAGUGAUAGGCUCUGUUUCACCUCUGUUCUGUUUGACCUCUUCCUUAAACAGUUGGUUCUUGGGGUACCGUCCUCUGCUGCCUCUGAGCAGACACCACGGGGCCAGGGCUGUGCUUGAGUCUGGGUGACACGGGUGAGGGCACAGGUGUGACAGGCGGGCACGAGGCGGGCGACCUGGGACCGAGCUUGCCAGCAGCCUCACGCUCCAUCUCCUUUCUGUCGCAGGCAGGGAGCUACAGCUGUUCAGCCAGCCAGCAGGAAGCGGGGUGACCCUCUCGCCGCUUCCCCCAGCUCUCAGCCAGGCUGCCCCAUGUCCACUGCUGUGGGGCUGGCACUGAUCCUGUGGGCGCGGCCCCGGGCAGCAGGCCAGCACCCGUCAGGCGCCGCGCGGACGGCCUGGCUGGCCCGGCAGCCGCCUUAACUUCGUCACUGACCUUCCUGACCCUGAAAGGCAGGGGGUUCCUGUUCUACAGAUGAGGAAGCCCGUUCAGAAGCUGACCUGCUACAAGGGACCCAACCCGUGAGCAGUGGAGUCAGGAUCCCAGAGGGCGGGCAGGCCCCUGACAUGGGACAGGCAAGCAAGGCCGCUCAGUACUGGGGGCAGGCUGUCCGGCCGGAGGCUGAGCUGGCCGCCAGAUGUGCUUCGGUGCUGGUGUCCUGGCGCAGUGUCCUCAGCUGGAGCUAGAGAGCGCCUGGGUUUGCAAAGGACAAGGAGCAACUGCUCACCUCGUUCAGAAGCACGGGCCCUGAAUGGUGCUUUCUCAAGCAAAGGGAUUCAAGGCAGAAACACAGCAGUUCCCGUGUCGGCUAAUCUUGUCUUCUAUGGAAAGAAACAGCUACGUUGCGGGCUUAGUACUUCGUUUUAACGGUACUGGUAGGCAGUGGUGAAAACCACACCAUUAGACAGACGGGCUUACGUGUUUCCAUCUUCCUAGUAUCUGAGAAUGUCCUCAGGGUUAAGUUGAGAGGUGGAUUCUGGCUGUUUAAGAAAAAAAUACAAAACUCUCCCUUGAAGUAAACCAGAUCUGCUUUUUAAUAAGAGACCAUGAUUUAGGCGUAAUUCCCCAAAGGAAAAAAUGUCCGUGACACUUAAACUCUUCUACAGUUAGAUAUGAAAUAACAAUGGUAAACAUUUUAAAGGAAAUCUUGAAAGUCCACGACUAUUUAGAGGAAGUGGGACCUUUCUGCGGGGAGGUUUCUAACCGCAGAGCAGGAGUCCCUGGGGAAGGACAGACGGCCAGGCCAGGCCCCGCCCCACAGAAGGCGGCACCGACGCCUGAGAGUACACUCAAGCACACGUGCUGUAACCAGCCCAGCAGAGAUGUGACGGGAGACAGCCAGCUCUCGGGCCACGAAGAGAACUGCCCACACAGACAGCCGCGCCCAAGCUGACCUGAUGCAGAUGGGACAACUCACUACAGUUUCAGAGAGAACUUCUUCAGAACGUUCCUGAAGCCACACCCACUCUCGAAGCAGAGGGACCCGCCGUCUUGCUCCGUGAGCAGGCAUGAAGGCAGUGUUGGUGCCCCCCACCUGCGUGCCAUCUCCCGCCCGACCCCGGAGCCCCAGGCGUCCCUCCCACUCCCAUGUGCCGCGCUGGGGCCUGUCAGCCAGCACCCGACUGGUGCACAGGCCAGGGGCCCAGAGGCCCUACCUGUGCACUCGGGGGUCAGGGUCCCAUUCGCUUCCCUUCUGUGAUCUUCCCAGCUGCCUCCAAAAGGGUUUCAGAUUUCUCAUUAUUCUGAAAUAUUUCAACCAACUGACGAAAACAAGCAAUGCUUAAUAUUUCUGCCCAGAUGUGUCCAACCGAAUCACGGUUCAAAAAGAAGCAAAAAUGAGCUAAAAAAUGAAUGCCACAUCCCUUCGAGGACCUCAGUUUAAAAAAGAAAACAUCACUCAUGUAGACAUUUGAAAACGAGCGAUGGGAUCCCCCCGAGAGGACUACCGGAGGAGGGGAACUUCCCGCAAACAGAAGAAUCGCACAGCAAAAGCCCACGACCUCAGCUGAGCUGGUGACGGACGGUCUCACUGUCAUAUGAUUCUCUUCAUUCUUUUCUGAUAUUGCCCAGAAGCUGAAAAAAGUUCAGGAAUACUCUGUUUCCUAUCAUAACACCUCCAAGCACACAGCAGCUGAGCCAGAAAGUGCUACGUUCCAAGCUCUGACACUGUCUACGUCAACCCGCACGGCACAGACUCACACACCUCCCAGCGGACUCGGAUGGACCGGAGGCGGGUCCCGUCACAAAUGCAGCUCCCCUGUCGGGGCCACCCCUCCUCCGUCUGCACCAGCUGAGGUUUCGAAGAGUCUGCUGAAAGCGGGCCCGAGCUCCCUGAUCAUGUCCGUGGUGGUGGUGGCGCGGCCGUGCUUCUGGAAGGCUUGGCGGGCACACUGCCUGGUGAGCGCGCAGGCACCAAAGGCAGCCACGAGGAGCGGGCUGGACCUGCGGGGCAGCGGCGUUAGCGGGGCGUCGUGGCCACCGAAGGCCCUCCCUGUCCCUCCCGUGGUCGCCCGGGGACCCACUCUGGCAAGUUCAGUCUAACGUGCCGCUGGGCCUAUUAGAAAUGCCCGUCCGCCUGGAGAAAGGUUAGGAUGCAUCCACGUCCCGGCUGCAAGCCAGACCGGCACUCGGUCACAGGGUAAGUGCUCGGUGCUGUUCUAGGCCCUGGAAGACACCGGAGCCUGGGGACGAGCUGCUUGCUAUGUUCCUGGACCCGUUACACACCCGCCUGCGCGCACACACCCCGCAGGCCCCCCGGGCCAGGUGUGCUGGGACCCCGCAGCCCGGCACCGUCAGGGUCGCCAGGAUGGGCACAGCGAGAGGCCGAGGGCCCUGAGGGGUGGGCUGCCCGGGCCCACCCUCUGCCGGCGACGGCAGACCCCACCGCUCAGGGCGCUGUACCCCGUGGACAGUCAUCUCCCGGCACACGCUCUGCCCCUGCCUGUGUGUCCCCCGAGGCCCCGGUCCCGCAGAGCAUGCGCCGCAGACCCCCGAGCAGCACCCCCGACCCCAGCAGGGACACCAGAGCCCCCGGGCGAGCGUCCUGGGACCAACCCCUGCCCUGGGGGCUCUUCUUCCAUGAGACACCGGCCCCUCAGCGGAAUGUUCCAAGCAGCCACUUAUUAAACAUGCAACUGCUGAAACAGCACGGGAGGAACAAAGACUUGACUCACCCAUUGGUCUUCUCGGGGCCAGCCAGGAGGGCCCAGUGCGCCAGGACGCCCAGGGAGCCCGACAGGAGGUCCCCCUGCCCGCCACACCUGCGGCCGCUGCCCUCCCGGCUGCACGUGAGCGCUGCGGGGUGAGGGGGCCGUGUGAGAGGGGCCGUGCUCCGUCACCUUGCCCCCACCCCCGUCCUGACACGGCAGGCGGAGGCCCAGCUCCCCCAACCAGCACCGAGGGGUCUGUGGGGACAGGGUGGGGACGGUGCCCCCGGCCCAGGGCGCCCGCAGCGGCCCUGCCGGGACUUCGUCUGUGCCGUGCCGGGAAGUUUCUAUCUCUUGGGGAAACGUCUUAACCAGCUGCUACGCUCUCUCUGUUAGAGUCUAGAGCACCUUCCAGCGUCUGACUCACGGGCUUCAGGGCCACGCAGAGGAGGCUCUCUGCGUCUCCUGUCCAGCGCGUGACAGCGAGCGUGUGUGUGUGACGGUGUGUGAGCAUGCACACUGCUUCCUGGGCACCGGUUCCGUGUGUACAGCUCCCUCAUCAACGCCUGGUGGGCUCCUGCCUCCGGGGCAGACUUCAGCAACAGGAGGACUCGUCUGCAGGGAGCAGAGGCGUCACACACCGAACCCCGGUGCGGACGCGGGCGGGCCUGCUGGGCUCUGCAGCCACGCUCGGGGCCCAGGGGCUCCCGCCCCACCGGCAGCUCCUUGGGUGUCUCGUUUUCCGGGCGUUUUUAUAAAACAACAGGAAGCAGUGAAAGACUCAAGCAACUGCAUCUGUGCCUCAGGUGAGGUGGCAACGGGCCUGCAGAGUCGCCCGCUGCCCAGAGCCUCUGCUCGGGGCUCUCCUUGCACAGCACGGACAGAACUGCACCCUGUACCUGGUGUCGACCAGGACCAGCAUGCAUCACUGCCACGUCCCUUUGCAAAACAGCGAGAAACAAGACAAAAAUGGCCUUUCCAGAAGCUGUGGUUGACACGCUCACCAGGGAGUCCCUUCUCUGGGGGGUAAGUGUGCACGUGUGCCCGUGUGUGACCGUGUGUGAACAGGAGGUCCUCCUGGGGCUGGUGCCCAGCGUGGCCGGCUGACACGCAGCGUGAAGCCCUCAGCCACUCACCCUGCCCGCCAUCAGAGAUCACGUCCUGCUCCCCUUUCUGGACCACGGUGACGUUGCCCAGGGCCUGGCUGAGUCUCUGCACAGAUCUGUAGCGGUCCCUGCCAUCCAGGGGGUCUCCCAGCUACGACGGAGGACAACACACAGACACAGCUGUCAUCAGACACGGGAAGAGCCCAUCCACCCUGACCCCGCCUCAUGCGGGGAAGGGCCCGCUGGGCACCUGCCGACGGCCAAGCUCGGGCCCCACGUGCAGAGACGUUUCCGUCCACCAGCGGGAGGGAGACCCAGAGUCAGGACUACUGGCCCAUGGCCGGGAUUGUAAAGGUUUGCGAGGGAUGCGACUUCGAGUAAUAACGAGCAAACAUUUACGGCACUAAUACGUGAGGACGCUGGGCUUACAUACACAGCUGACCCUCGAACAACACUGGUGUGAACCACGAGGUCCCACUUACAUGUGGAUGUUUCCCAUAGUACAUACCACAGCCCUACACAAUCCGAGGCUGGCUGAAUCCACGGACGCGGGACCAAGGACACGGGGAACUGCGUACCCGGAGGGCCGACCGUGAAUCACACUCGGAAUUUUGACAGCGCGCAGCCUUCAGCGCCCCUAACCCCCGCUGUUCAAGGGUCAGCUGUAUUAUUUUAUUUCGUCCUCACAAACCCUAUGACGCAGAUUCCAUCAUGCUCCACACUUUACAGAGGCAGGGGCAGGGAUGGAACGAUCCGCCCAGGGUGCAUGGUGGCAGGAGGGCGGGCUGACCCCCGAGGCCACCUUUCAUCCAAAGACACGCUAACUGGAAGAUGCCCCAUCAUUGCACGCACCCAGGAGCGCACGUGUCCACCCACCUCUGCACGUCUGUCCCCGCAGGUGCACCACAGGAUGAGCCCCUCACCCCUGCCCGGGACGUCGGCUGACUCACCACAGCCUCGGCGAGUCUGCUGAACUCCACGUGGUUGGGGGUGAGAACCGCCUUCUGGUAGCCUUGGAUGAGGGCCGGCUGCUGAGCGACCAGCCACAGCCCGUCCUGCAGACGAGGACUCACGUCACCGCGAGGCCGAGGGGUCCCCUGGGAGGAGGGGACGGGAGAGGAGGCCACACUCACCGCGUCAAUGACGAUGGGGAUGCCCCUGGUCCUGGACGCUUCUAAAAUGCCCUGCGAGGAAAGGAAGCCAGGCUGAGCAACAAGCCCGUCACCUCUCAGAGAGGGUACAAGAAGCCGAGCAGUUCCUGACGGACUUCAACCUCAGGCCAUCAACCAACAGGCAGGAAACAAGAAAGCAAAUGCAUAAAUAAGCAGAAGAGACUCCGUAAGGCUGGGCCCCGGGAGCUCUGAACACAGGAGCUGUAGAAGAGAGACUCUGUAAGGCCGGGCCCCGGGAGCUCUGAAGACAGGAGCCCACGGGAACCGCCACGCAGUGCUGGGUCCCAGGCCAGCCCACGACGGACAACCCUGGGCCGGCACCUCCAAAUUUCCAACAGAUACUAGCCCUCAGGAUUUGGAGCCGAGAGGCCUGAAGUCUCGGGAAUUCCCCAACUCCUUAGUUUUUAUCUAUUUCUCAUAAGUAACAUUUCACGUGCUUUCAAAUGAAUGACCGUAGUAAUGAACAGCGCAUCACUUCUCUCUGAGAAUGCUAUACUACAAGUUUGAGGUUUUUUGCUUGAAAAUUAUACGUGUGUCUGAUCAACAUGACUGCUGAUUAUCAUGCACCAGUAUCUCAUGACAAGGGCAUUUACGGCCACAGCACGAGAAGAGGACUCCUACCCGAUAGAUACUACGUAACAGAAAACUCUAUUAGAAGAGAACGAAUGAGAUACAUGACAAGCAGGGAUAAUUUAAAACACUGGGAGAUAAGCCCACGUCCGUGAAGUAGCAGUGAGGAGUGCAACCUCACCCAGCACGGCUGCCCUGCCCGACGGCCUGUCGCACCUGCCGACGCCGGUCUGAGUGCUGGGAGUGUGCCCAAAAGCACACUUGUAAAUUAAAGCACCUACACUGUUUUUUAGACAUGAUGCUAUUGCACACGUAAUAGACUACAGUAUAACACAAACGUAACUUUAUCUCCACUGGGAAACCAAAAAAUUCACGUGACCGGCCUUAUGACGAGAAUUCGCUUUAUUGCAGUGGUCCGGAACCGAACCCCCAGUACCUCCAAGGUGAGCCCGUGCAGAAGUAUAGUGAGAUAAUCACCAAUCCAGCUAACCCACACAGCCAUCACCUCCCCGGGGGAGAACGUAACCUCUCCCCACUGCCCUGACGCCCCGCGCCCGGCAGCCACCCUUCUCCUCUCUGCUUCUCCGAGCUCACCUAUUCUGACUCCACACAGAAGUGAGAUCGCGCAGCGUCUGUGCUGCUGCCCACUUCACUUAGCACCUCGUCCUACAGAGGGUACAUAUGUUUUAACCAAACCGUUUGAAACAGCAAUAAUAAACGGACCAACUAUCGACACUAAAGUUGAAAACACAUUCCUGCUCCACUCCAUCCCCAGUCACAUGUCACGGCCACUGUUUCUCCUCAGUGAUCAUUCAUGGGCUUGAAGAAAGUGAAAUUUCCAGCCCCAACUUUAACCCCAAAGGCUGGAAAGAUUUUCCGUGGAAGGGACCCUUAAAAUUCACGUUCUCACUCAAUUCUGGUAAAGCAAACACACGUCUGCCUUUGAAAAUGUUCUUUACCCACAGACUGCUAGGCAAGUCCAACCAACGCCACGGCGCCCUACACCUUCUUUCCCUUGAGCUUCUGUGCAGCUUAACUCAAAAAGCAGAAGCUGGGCCAGGAGCCCCUCCAGCUGCUGAAGCAAGUGGCAAAUCAGGGCCACCAUGACCGCUAGCCCCCUCGAGGCACGUGGCGACACCUCCCAGGGCUGGAGCUGGGGCAGGUGGUCUGGGGGCACUGAGAAGGGCCCCAACGAGGGCAGGGAGAGCUCAGCAGGUCCCUGAGAUGUGUCCCCUCGGAGAGUGACACCAGGGCAGUGUCGGAGGACCUGGGCAGCGGGAACACACAGAAUGUGGGGUUGGUGUGCCAACCGAGCUAUUUCCCCUGAUCCAGGAUAGCAUUUAUUUCUAUUUCAACUUUUUGAGGCUAAAAAAUUAGUUUCAUCUUCUUAGAUUAAAGCAGGCAUAAAGUUUCAGUAGUAAGGAAGAGCAUAAAUGAUCAACGAAAAAGUAAACGAAUGCACGUGUACCCACGAGGGUGAACUAGGGUCUCCUGCCCACUCUCCCAUCACCCAGCGCCGGCUACGCUGGCUUUAGCUGAAAAGGACGGCAGGGGACAGAAGAGAGUGCAAAGGCAGCAGAACAACUGGCCCGUGGGGUCCAAGGCCCAGGGAUUUCUAGACCAAUGAGGACCUCAGGUGGUCAGAGGAGCACCAGGUUAAGAAAUUAAACUAACAAGGGCUUUCAAGAGGACCCGCUGACGACACAAAGCUAGAAGCACCAGAACACCUUUCACGUUUCUCUCUAAGUGCACAGCUUACAGCAACGGUGAGGUCACCAGCAGCACCCUCUCCCACUGGCUCGCUGUGACAGACUCCCACUGGGCCCAGCCGGGCACCGCGCAGAGCGCUGCACAAAGCGUGGCCCUCGGCCGGCCCCGGGGGGCACUGCGCCCUUACAGCGGGCACCAGGAGCAGGCUGCCAGGGGUCCCCAGCAGGAAGGGGUCGCGGGGAGGUGACCGCGAGCCUGAGCGCACGCCCGGCCACUGCUAACCCCGCGCAGCCCGGAUGCUGGGCUGGUCACGUCGGGCCCCAUGGAGACUUCCUCGGCCACAGCCUGAGACCAGAGCCCCGGGAGCGAAAGAGGGCGCCGUUCAGCGGUGCCCUGCUCUGGUUUAAGCACAUCCCUACCUUUACGCCUAGUGUCUCCUCUAUUCCCCAGACCACGUUCUAUCGGUCUCAACUCCUCCUCCAAGACGCACACAGAGCAACAAACAACGGAAAAUGCAAUUCCGUCAGACUCCCCCGAUCUAAGGGCCGAGCCUGUGGGAAUAGGCGUGGUUAAUAAUUCUACACGUUACCUUGACGUUUUCCAGAAGAACGUCGUCUCUGCCUAAGCCAGGCCCUACGACCAGGGCGUGCAGUCGGGGCAACCACUUUUCCACAUCUUGGACGGCACUGGGGCUGUCACUAACAAAGGAAAAGAAGGGCAAAAGAGCUUGAAAUUUUCAUCUUUUGUUUACCUUAUUAAUGAAACUACAGAUUUUUCCAGAUUUUCCCCCAAUGUCCUUUUCUUGUUCCAGGACCCCAGCCAGGACCCCACCGUAGUUGUCUAGCUUUCAACAUUCAGAUGCCCCUGAAAGCAUUCUGCUAAGUGAAAUGAGCCCAAGAAACACAAAUAGCGUAUGCUCUCUCUCAUAUGUGGGACCUUUAAAGCAAACAAACAAAACAAAAACACCGCAAAAACACAACACCAAACUCACCCAUAGAGAAGAGACUGCCGGUUGCCAGCAGCUGGCGGGGUUGGACGGGGGGGACU